UGUAUAUUAAUGAGCGACCAAGAAAAAGCUUCGGAAUUACUUGAAAUGGCUGAACUUGUUAGAAAAUGUUGUGAUUAUUUUGAAGACUGCACCCCAGAACCAAGCUCUAAAUUCCCUGUUUGGUUUUUCUCUACAAGUGAAUGGUUGAUCUCUGACCUUUCUGAAUUAAUGGCCCUCUUUUUGUCAAUAUUUCAUAGUGACCCUUUAAGUUAUGGCCAAAAAGUCUGUGCAGCUGUUGGCUUUUGGAUCCGUAAUUUCCCUGUUCAUUUCCAAUAUGAUGCAAAUCCUCAGCUUUAUCGUCUUUUAGAAAGACUCAAAAAAUUAGCGAUGGCUAAUAAUUUUAUUCCUUUACAAGCUGUGGAUGAAUUACUUGAUAUUUCCUCUAUUCCUUCAUAUGCAUGGAUAAGAAACCCUUCAGCUAGAAACCCUCCACUUUCAUCUACUCACCUCCAAGUUUCUUCAUUCUGCCUUAUAGAGCAUUGGUCUGCUGAAGAAAUUGCUAAAGCAAUGUCAAAUAUUGAACACAAAGUUUUGAGUAGAAUAACUACUGGAGAAUUAAAACAAUAUAUAAAAAUUGGAAAAAUAUCAAGUGAAACACAACUUGAGAGGUCUAUUGCUUCUUUUAAUUGUUUUUCUGGUUGGGUUCAAGCAACAAUUCUGCUAAAAAGAACUCCACAAGAAAGAGCUUCUGUAAUUGAAAAGUUUAUUAAAGUCGCAAAAUGUUUACGUCAACAAAACAAUUUCAAUACUUUGAUGGCUGUUAUUGGCGCAAUAACACAUUCAAAUAUUGCUAGACAUACACAAACACAAUCACUUCUAAGUUCUACAACUAAAAAAGAAUUAAAUUCAUUAACACUAUUACUUUCUGCUAGCAAUAAUUACGCAAAUUAUAGAAAAGCUUUAAGAGAAGCAAAUCAACAAUUUAGAAUUCCAAUAAUGGGUGUUCAUUUAAAAGAUUUAAUUGCUUUUUGGCACAGUGCUAACCUUGAACAAUUUGAAGAAACAAGGAAAAUAUCUGAGAGAUGUCUAAGCCAAUUAGCCUAUUUACUUUCCAAUUUUCUGAGUGUUAACAGAACUCCGCCCAAUUUUGGUAAUGCAAAUUCAGAUUUAGUUAAUGCUUUAAAGAAGGUGCUAUUUGAUACAAUAUAUAAUGAACAUGAGCUUUACAAUUUGUCAUUAAAAAGAGAACCUAAAGCACAUGAUAAUGAACUUUUCUUAAAUAAUAACCAAAAUAAUAUAACAUCACAUUCAGCAAUUGAUAUAAGAAUAGAGGAAACUACAAAAGAACCCUUAAAAGAAACAAAAAUUUCUUCAAAAAUCCCUCCUCCUUCCCCAAAAUUUUUAGUAGAAAAUUCAAAAAAUAAUAAUUUUAAACAAAAACAGCAACAACCAUUCAUUGAUUUGGAUGAUUUCGAACAAUUUAUUAGUGAAUUUAAUUUAAAAAGUAACCAACAACAACCAUCAACAAGUAAUGAAAAUAAUUUAAAUAAUCAGAAUGAAGAAACAACUAAUAAUAAUAAAACAAAACAUAAAUGGAUAGAAUGGCAUUUUCUAACACCAACAAAUUGUUUUAAUUGCAAUAAAAAAUUAUGGAUGAGAUAUGGAAGUAGAUGUUCACGUUGUUUAAUAUUCGUACAUGAUCAUUGUAAAGAAAAACUUCCAAAUUCAUUAGAAUGCCAUCGUCAACAACGUCCACCACUUCAACAUCAACAACAUUUACAAGAAGAGAAUGAAACAAAACAAAAAGAAUCAACAACAAAUAAUUCAAAUAAAAAAAGUAUAACAGCUAAUUAUAUGACUGGAUGGAUGAAUGCCCUUCUUUCACCUCGUUUUGAAACUUUAGGACCUUCAAGCUUCUUUGGAACUACUCGAACGGGGAAUUAUACCCAAAGAGGUGGUGGACGUUAUAGAACAUCAUCUAGUAGCGAUGCCCCCUCACGAGAAGCGUUAAAACAAAAUAUCUCUUCCAGAAAUGAAAAAACAAUACAUGAACAGGGUGGUAAAAAAUUGAAAAAUAUUUGUAAAUUAAUGGGAAGUAAUAAAACAUCUACUACUGGAACGGCAAAAGAAAAGUGUAGACAACAAAGAAGUGCAGAAAUUAUUUGUGAAAAUUCUUCAAAACAAGAAAUAAAAAAAGACGAUAGAAAUUCUUCUGCUCAAAAUACUUCGCGUGCAACUUCUUUAGAUCAAAAAACGUCUAUUUUAGCUACUGAAGAAUUUUUUGAAGAUUAUAAAGAAUAA